AUGUCGCCGACAUCUUUGAGCCUGACGCCAGGCCUGACGUCCUUUCUCAAAUCGCUCAAUGCGAACCCGAUUGACACCUCUAUUGAAAAUCUUAUUUCAUUGCUCAAACGUCGCCAAAUUCGCCAUUCCCGAUCAUGCGCUACUGCUACUGCCUACUUACUUCGGCGAGUAAUCUCAGCCUGCCGCACAUCUGAAUCAGCGAAGCUUAUUGAGCGAGUGCAGAGCGUAGGAAGGCGGCUAAUGGAGGCACAGCCUCGAGAGAUGGUGGUGGGGAAUAUUGUGCGCCGAGUACUCGGCCUUAUUCGCGAUGAAGCAGAAGACGACCGUGAUGCUGAGUUUGCUCUCAGUGAAGCUGGGUCUGAGAGCCUACCUCAGUCUCCCCGCGUCCUUGACGGUCAGUCUCCGAAAAAUACAUCACCUCGUAACACAGUGGUGACUCACCAAGACCCAACAGAUGCCUCACUAGCUUUAGACCGAGAUGCGCUUGGUCUAAGGUCUGAAGGUGAACGCACCUCAGCUCGCCCCCCUCUCACUUCCAUGUUCAGCCUACUAUCCCAUCCAGAAGUAGACUCGUCUCCUAGCACACCGGGCUCUCAGUCUCCAAAUGGCCGAAUGCCCGCUCACAUCAAUAAAGAUGUGCGAGCGGAAGUUAUGGAGGGAAUCAAUGAGAUUAUCGACGAACUGAGUCAAGUAGACGACCAGAUUGCGGCCUAUGCCUUGGAUCAUAUUCACUCCAACGAAGUCAUACUGACUCAUACAUCUUCGACGACAGUACAGAAAUUUUUACUGAAAGCUGCCGCGAAGCGCAAGUUCACCGUAGUCCAUGCGGAGUCAUUCCCCAACAACCACGAUGCUACACACGCUACUGUCAGUGGUAAUACUUACGGAGAUGACGAGACCUUGAGCCACGAUGCCUUCCAGAAGCCACUCGUCGCACUCGGUAUCACUGUCAUCCUUAUCCCCGAUUCUGCCGUGUUUGCCCUCAUGUCCCGUGUGAAUAAGGUUAUUUUGGGCACACACUCUGUCCUCGCUAAUGGUGGCCUCAUCGCUGCUGCCGGUACCCGUGUCAUUGCCCGUGCCGCCAAAGUUCAUCAGACUCCUGUCGUUGUUGUCAGCGGUGUCUAUAAAUUGAGCCCUGUCUAUCCUUUCGACUUCGACUCACUUAUCGAGUAUGGCGAUGCCAGCAAAGUUCUUCCUUACGAGGACGGUGACCUUGUCGAUCAAAUUGACGUCUUGAAUCCAAUCUACGAUUAUGUCCCAGCAGAGCUCGUCGAUCUUUACAUCACCAAUCUUGGUGGACACGCCCCAUCAUAUCUCUACCGUAUUGUUUCAGACCACUACCGCAAAGAGGACAUCACCUUUUAA